GACCCCGGCGACGACCCGGGCGCGGGGGACGGCGCGGCCCCGCGCGUGCGCGCUGUGCUCGUGGGCUACGACGAGCACUUCUCCUUUGCCAAGCUGAGCGAGGCGUGUGCGCAUCUGCGCGACCCCGACUGCCUGCUCGUGGCAACCGACCGCGACCCGUGGCAUCCGCUCAGCGACGGCAGCCGGACCCCUGGCACCGGGAGCCUGGCUGCGGCGGUGGAGAUAGCCUCGGGACGCCAGGCCCUGGUGGUGGGCAAGCCCAGCCCCUACAUGUUUGAGUGCAUCACGGAGAACUUCAGCGUGGACCCUGCCCGCACGCUCAUGGUGGGUGACCGCCUGGAGACCGACAUCCUCUUUGGCCACCGCUGCGGCAUGACCACCGUGCUCACACUCACGGGUGUCUCCCGCCUGGAGGAGGCCCAGGCCUACCUGGCGGCUGGCCAGCACGACCUUGUGCCCCAUUACUACGUGGAGAGCAUCGCGGACUUGAUGGAGGGCCUGGGGGACUGAGCCCACCCGACCUGCAGCCCCACCCCUUCCCCACUCCCUGACCCCCUAGAUGGAGGCGAUAGGGCAGCUGCUGUGUUAAGCACCCCAGCUCCCUCACCCCAGUUUCUGCACCCCGGUGGGGCUGGGACCCAGGAAAGGUGUGAGGGCCCUUGCAUGCCCUCCUUGCAACGGCUGGGCGCUCUUUGCUGUCUCAGAAGCUGUCCCUGACUGGCUCACCUCGGCCUCGGCCAGGUGGCUUUAUUUCCUACCCCUCCCUGAAAUCUGGGCCCCAAUGCCAGAUUGCCCCUGGCUCUGAGCACUUAAUGCCCUUCCUUCCCUGGGGUGUCCGGAGCCCCGCCUGCCCUUUGGGUCCUGGCCCUUGGGUGCCUGCUAACCAGGCAGGUCUAGGCAGCCAGGAUUGCCCUCAGUGGACCAACAUGAGGCUAGGCCAUAGGGACUCACUGAUGUUGGGGCCCGAGUGGACACUUAGGAGCCCGAGUAGCCGUAGCCCUUCCAUGUCUGGAGCUUGCAUGGACCAGCCUGAAGGCUAAGUGGCAAUGGCCCUUGCAGGUCCUGAGUCCUGGGUGGACCCGUCAGGACCCAGGUCAUUAUUACCAAGUAGUAAUAACGUUGUAAUAAGUUGUCAUAAGUUGGUCUCUUGGAUCUUGACUAGAACAAUCUGGAAGUUGGAGAGACAGUGACCUCUUGACAGUCUGGGUCUGACUAGACCAGCCAAGGGUCCCAAAUUAAGUCCUUCUAAGGGUCCAAGUUCUGUAGAAAUCCCUUCCCAUCAAGGUUGUCCACUGGGCCACCGGUGGCUCUGGGGCUCCUCUGGUCAUGGUACCUGUCCAGUGUUGGAGGUGGCCACGUCUCGGAAGGGGGCGUCUGUGUCCCCCCACACAGUCAGUGUUUGCUGUGCCACCUCUCCCCGUGCCCACCCCCAGCUAUUUAUUUAUUUAUUAUUGUGUGCCAGUGAUGGUGGGGCUGGGGCUGGGCCUCCCCACCACCUCCACCCGUUGUAACCAGUCCUCCGUGCUUAAUAAAGUGCGAGUGGCCGUGU